AGAUAUUUUACGAGUAUUUAUAUGAUUUUGUGAAUACAAUGCAUGAAAGAAAGCAAAAGUAUUUUGCCUAUCAUUUUAUGGUGAAAGUAACGCACGACGACUUGAAUGGAGUCGGACUACUCGACCCCCUUAUCCAUCGACUGUUUACGCGACUUUUUGCCAAUAAUUUGCUCAAUAAUACAGUUUUGGUGUUUUUCUCGGAUCACGGCAUGAGAUUUGGUUCAAUCCGUGAGACACUGUCCGGUAAAUACGAGGACAGACUGCCGGCUAUGCAUAUAUACCUGCCGUCCCACUUGCGGACUCAUAACAUGACUGUCAAUGAGCACAGACUUACCACUCAUUUCGACAUUCACGCCACACUUAAACACAUACUCGAAGGUAAACCAAAUAAUACUCUAAAAUACGGCAAAACACUACUGGAAGAGAUACCGGUGACCAGGAGUUGUCAAUCCAUACCAAUCUUAGAGCACUUCUGCUCGUGUCAGUCGAGUCAAGUGAUCACUGAUCUCAAGAGUGUGGAAGUGAUGUCCAAAUUCAUAGUCAAACAAUUGAAUCAAUUAUUAUAUUCAACGAAAAACUCUUAA